AUACUGUGGUGUACUGUACUGUAGUGUAGUAUAUUGUCAGUGUGAGUGUGCGGCGGGCUUUAGGACCCAGCGCGCCGCUCUCGCCGGACUCUCUCCGCAGGCUGGAGUCUCUCGCUGUGGGGAGUGUGUAGUGGAGGAGAGGCGAGGACACGCUCGUGCUCAUCAAAACACUUUUACCUGUUUUCUGCGGGAUUAAAGUAGCAACCGAAGCAGCGAGCUCCUCCACAGCAAUGCGCCGGAGCCCUCAGUGAAACCCGUCUCGGCGACCCGUGUGAAGAGGCUUUACGCUGGCCGGAUCGAAGCACUCGGUGGAUCUGGAUAGACUGACGGCCUGCCGCCGGAGAGCAUGACGACGGACGUGGUGAUCGUGAAGGAGGGAUGGCUCCACAAGCGAGGAGAGUACAUAAAGACGUGGAGGCCGCGGUAUUUCUUGCUGAAGAGUGACGGUACGUUUAUCGGCUAUAAGGAGCGGCCGCAGGACGUGGAUCAGCUGGAGACGCCGUUAAACAACUUCUCCGUGGCACAGUGUCAGCUGAUGAAGACGGAGCGGCCCAAACCCAACACAUUCAUCAUACGCUGCCUGCAGUGGACCACUGUCAUUGAGCGCACCUUCCAUGUGGAGAGCCCUGAGGAGCGGGAGGAAUGGACCAAAGCCAUCCAGACUGUAGCCGACAGUCUGCAGAAACAAGAGGAGGAGAUGAUGGACGCGUCUCCCGAACACAUGGACAUGGAGAUGUUUCUGACCAAACCUCGGCUCAAAGUGACUAUGCACGACUUCGAAUACCUCAAACUGCUGGGAAAAGGCACUUUUGGGAAGGUGAUUCUGGUGAAGGAAAAAGCAACGGGAAAAUAUUACGCCAUGAAAAUCCUCAAGAAAGAAGUGAUUGUAGCCAAAGAUGAAGUGGCUCACACACUCACAGAGAACCGUGUGCUGCAGAACUCCAAACACCCCUUCCUCACGGGUCUGAAGUACUCUUUCCAAACCCACGACCGCUUGUGUUUCGUCAUGGAGUACGCAAACGGAGGAGAGCUCUUCUUCCACUUGUCGCGGGAUCGGGUUUUCUCGGAGGACCGCGCGCGUUUCUACGGAGCAGAGAUCGUGUCUGCGCUCGAUUACCUGCAUUCGGAGAGAAACGUGGUCUACAGGGACCUGAAGCUGGAAAAUCUGAUGCUGGAUAAAGACGGUCACAUAAAGAUCACUGAUUUCGGCUUGUGUAAGGAGGGAAUCACAGAUGGAGCCACGAUGAAGACCUUCUGUGGGACUCCAGAGUAUCUGGCUCCUGAGGUGCUGGAGGACAACGACUACGGCCGUGCAGUGGACUGGUGGGGUCUGGGAGUGGUGAUGUACGAGAUGAUGUGCGGCCGUCUGCCGUUCUAUAACCAGGAUCACGAGCGUCUGUUCGAGCUCAUCCUGAUGGAGGACAUCCGCUUCCCUCGAACGCUCACGCCCGAAGCCAAAUCCCUGCUGUCCGGCCUGCUCAAGAAAGACCCCCAACAACGGUUAGGAGGCGGCCCGGAUGAUGCGAAAGAAAUCAUGCAGCACAAAUUCUUCACUGGAAUUGUGUGGCAAGAUGUUUAUGAGAAGAAGCUGGUUCCUCCGUUCAAACCGCAGGUGACCUCGGAGACGGACACCAGAUAUUUCGAUGAAGAGUUCACAGGACAGACCAUCACCAUCACACCGCCGGGACAAGAUGACAGUAUGGAGUCGUUCGACAGCGAGAGGAGGCCGCACUUCCCACAGUUCUCCUACUCGGCCAGCGGAACGGCGUAAAAUAUCAGCACAACUGCUCUGAGAUCAGACACUCACCAGCACUGCACCGAUUUACCACGUUUACCACGUCUGGAUCUGUGAUGUUCGUCCGUUCCACGUUGAUUUCAUGAUGUUUUCUGAGGAUAUGAGAGGGAACACUAACAUUUCCACUCAAACUGCCAAAUUAAUACAGAACUGAUUGUGUAGCACUUCUUUAAUCUGGGAACUAAUGCCAAAUAUUACUGCAUUUACAUUCAAAAACGCCAAUUUUAUGAACUGACCAAUUGAAACGUACAAAACGUACAGCAGAAUAGCAGCUCUUAUAUGAAUAUCUAGAAUGUAAUUCUGCUACAUUUGUAAUUUUACACGAU